AUGAUUGCACCACUUACACCUGGAGAACACACAUUCACCAGGGAACAGAUCAGCCGCGUUCUGGACGAGGGACGAUUCAGACCUCGCGACGGCAUCGAGGGGAAGCCCGGGGAGUUUAUCUCCAAAUCGCUUUCGAUGGACAGGGAUUAUGUCAACAAUAAGACUCACGUAUACAGCCCAAACGAGGUACAAAAACGAGCAGAGCAGCUGUGUGAAGACUACUCUGCGACAGUGGAAGAACCUCUGAACCACUGGGGUCGUCUCGACGCAAGCUUCUCUGAGCUUAUAACAUGUAACUUUAUGGCAUUUGAGACACAGAAGACGUCGGAAUCCAUUAUUGAGGACGUCUACAAUUUGUUGUCACGGCUACCUGCAACACCAGUGCCCGUUGACACUCGAAUCAAUCUGGCCGAAUUAGACGGCGAGUAUUUCAGUCACCGUCCGGAGAAGUCCGACUCCCUCGAUGCCUCCGACAUCAACGAGGGACACAAAUGGGAAAAUUCGCGGGUUACGACUGCUGUCAGUACAAACGUUAUUCGAGUCGCUAUCGAGCUUACCAAAACAAGUGUUGGCAAUGGAAACAUUGGCCUAUUUAUUGAUCUUGUCGCCGACCUUUUGACAAUUGUUUCAACGGAACUUGCGAAUACUACUGCCGCGGGGGAUAGUGAUUGCCACAAAUACUUUCUGAUACAGGCCUUUCUGUGGACGACUUGGCAGAGGGUCGUGAUGCUAUAUUUCUGGUGGAUAUUGAAAUUAAUCUUGGACUGGGGAUAUGACUACGACAAUGACGAAAAAAUGAUUGGGCUCAAAAGGGUGCUUAAUGUCCGAGCAAGAAGCCCGGAAAUGCAGUUCGGUUUUUCGAACACACCCUAUAUGUGCCCUUGGGCCUUCGAGCUCCUUUGCUCAGACCGUGUUGCAAUCCUGCAAGAUUUCAGGGUCUUUCAUGCGCGUUUCAAUGCAAUAUUUACCGACCGUCCGCCUCGCUGUCGUCAAAUCGGACAGAAUGGAGCCAAGAUCGACCUGACCUGUGACGGUAGCAGUCCCGAAGCCUGUCAUCGAUUUCAAAGUAUGAAGGUGGAGGAUCAAUCUGCUCACGUAUCAAAUUGCGGAGGAAACUGUGCCGUCAUUUCUUGGGACGAGAUUUCGUACAAGAGCGUGGAACGCGGUGGUAGAGCCGUUUCAUUGAAACAGACAAACGAAAGGUUUCUUCGAUACUGCCCUGCUUCCAAAACCACUUUGGUCAUAUCCCAUGUGUGGAGCCAUGGUCAAGGAGGCAGGCCUGAGGACGGGUUCAACUAUUGUCUCCAUCAGCGGUAUGCAGCGAUCUCCCAAGCCCUGGGCUGUGACUCGUAUUGGAUGGACACGCCUUGCAUCCCGGAUGAUUAUGGCCUCCGCAACGAAGCAAUCGCCAAUAUCAAUCGAGUAUUCUCUGAAAGCAAGGCCACGCUUAUCUGUGACAGAGACUUGAUGGAUAUUGAUGUUUCGAAUUUGACCGUUUCUCUGCGAGAAUCUAUACUUGCUACUCUGCUAGUCUGUGACUGGAACGUACGAUCAUGGACACUACUUGAAGGAAUGCGUGGACGGCGAAAUGUCCACAUCCUGUGCAGGAAUAAUAGAACAGUAUCUCUCUCUGAAUGCCUCGACGUAUUAUUACACGAGGGGCGUCUCGAUUUCAUAUACCUUUUACUCGCGGCACAGCAAUUUAUCCCGUACUUUGGACAAGAUUCAUCAUGGGAUAACGAGGCAGACCCAUCUACUCGAAGCCAAAUCGAGCGUAUGAAGACAAGGGGGAUAAAGGGCCGGGUUACGGUAGAAGUGGGAAGCUGUUUACUUAGCCAUCGCCACGCAUCAAGGCCUGGGGACGAGGUUGUCAUUUGGAGUCUGCUUAUCAGCGACAGUGUUCACAGGACCGCAGUGAACCUCUGGCAAUCUCUAGAGGGACAGAUGGUACAAACAGGAUUCCUCAUGUCGAGUUUACCACGCAUCAAGGGUCACAAGGGACUGGGAUGGGCGCCGUCACGUCCUAACUUCCCGCCUCACACAACAUCAUCACCAGCAGAUCCCGAACAUGAAGGUGUUGCACCCUUGACUCAAAGAAUCUUCCCAUCUACUGGUUACGGUACAUCCAGCGCCCUAAUCACUCCAAAAGGCCUUGACGGACCCUGGCAUGUGUUCGAAAUUGAGGAUCUAAACGCAAGACAGUGGCUUCGAAAGAUCAAGAAGAAGAUCCAGAAAGAAUUUCAGAUGCGCGCGGAGAUACGCGAAGGGGUGCCACCUGCGAUUCUCACCCGUCUCAGGGAGCAGAAUGUCAAAAAAAGGGUAGCACUAAUACAGCCCGCAUUUGAACAUGUUGUUUUUGCUUCUGGGGCUCUCUGGGAGGAUAUGGCGAGAUCGAGUGGGCCAUAUUUUGCAGUAGUAUCCUCCAGCGAUGGGAUUGAAUGGGAAUGGAAGGAGGUUAUCAGGAUAGAGAGUGCAACUACACUGAUCAUGAGAACCGAGCAACUCCUAUUGGUAUAG